AUCGUUCCUGUAUUGAAUAGUAUUACAGAAGCCAAAAUGGGGCUGUGCAAGAGAGAAUUAGCCCUCAUCUGCUUCAUUGGAAUAUUAGCCCUAGUCCAUCCCUCCCAUGCCCAAAACUCCCAACAAGACUACCUCGAUGUCCACAACGCAGCUCGGGCGGACGUUGGCGUUGAGCCCAUGACAUGGGAUGACAAUGUGGCGGCCUAUGCGAGGGACUAUGCUAGCCAAAGGAGUGGCGACUGCAACAUGGUGCAUUCAAAUGGUCCUUAUGGCGAGAACCUCGCCAUGGGCAGUGGUGAUUUCACCGCCACGGAUGCUGCCAACCUGUGGGUUGGAGAGAAGUCUAAUUAUGACUAUAACUCUAACUCAUGUGUUGGAGGAGAGUGUGGACAUUAUACUCAGGUGGUUUGGCGCAAUUCGGUAAGUCUAGGGUGUGCAAGAGUGCAGUGCAACAAUGGCUGGUGGUUCGUCAGCUGCAACUACAGCCCACAGGGCAACAUCAUCGGCCAGCACCCUUACUAGGAGUUUUGGCUUUUUGAUUGAGCAUCUACAACCUUAAGAGUGUGAUGAUCUAGCCUAUUAUAAGUCAAUGUAUUGACGUAUUAUAUGGAUAUUUAUAUGUAUCUUUUGUUUGAGGGAAAAAAGGAAAAAAAAAAAAUUAUGACAUGUUGCAUACAAGAAAAACAAUUACAAAGAACUUGUCAACGCCGCCUUCUUAAAGCACGUACACAAGAACGGGUAUCAAAAUUAAUUUUCAAUCU